AACUCUGGAAUGCAUCAACUCGGAAGCAUUCUGUAGUAUCGGAUCAUCUACGCUCAAUGCUUUUUUAAAGAAAGAGACGUUCUCAAUAACAGAAAUGGAAUUGUUCAAAGCAAUUGUGAAAUGGGCCGAUAGGGAAUGUGCAAGACAGAGUAUAAAUAUCGAACAUGAUAAAACGGCAAGAAGACGCAUCCUAGGAGAUAGUGUUUAUGAAAUUCCUUUCCUUGCAAUGUCUCUGGAAAACCUUGUAAAAUAUGUCUCCCCCACUGGAAUACUUACAGACACAGAAGUUGUGUCCAUUUCGCAAAAGCUCUGCGGAUUAGACGUGGCAGGCUUGAAAUGGAAGGAAUAUAAAAAGAGGCAACCAUGUAUCAGAGUCAGUUUCAGCAGAUUUGACCCCGGCACUGUUAUCAGCAGCGGUUGGCGUUACACUAGUGGAGGUUCCGAUGCUCUUACUCUGGUUGUCAAUAAAGCUGUUCUCUUUCACGGUGUUCGCUUGUUUGGUUCCAAUGGCGGGCGAUACGAAGUCAAAUUUACGAUUAAAGAUAAGAAUGUAACAGGGUCCUACACUUCAGAAGAAGAGAGUGACCUCGUGUUGGGUUAUGACGUCAUGUUACCCAAUCCAAUCCCUCUACUGCCAAAUGAAGAGAUCACAAUAAUUGCGACAAUAACAGGACCAAAAUCUUACUACGGUGACAGUGGAAAAUCAUCAGUGAUAAUCGAUGACAUUGUUGUAACUUUUAAAAACGCGCUUUCAGGCUUAAGUACCAAUGGUACGCGUGCAACUGGUGGUCAGUUCUACAAAAUUUUUCUUUCUGAGUUGAAGUUUUGAGAAUAUUUUGUGACUUGAUAUAAAUUAAUUUAAAUGCACGGCAGUGGCGUAGGCAGACUUUCAUUUUUGGGGGGCGAAGCAAACGCCAAGGACGUGAAACCGUCUAGGGGGGUCCGGAAAAUUUUGAAAUCUAGAGUCGCUGAAACGUGAUUUCAAGCAUUUUAGGGUUAAAAUCUUGCAGAAUACCGAAGAUUAUAAAGUACAUCGAAGACAUAAAUUUUCCCAGGCAUUUCUACUCGG